GGUAAAGGCAGCGAUGCUGUUGUUAUCAGUGUUUUGGACACGGCACGCAGAGAGAAUGCUGAUUUCCACGCUCCUCCUGAUGGCGAGCCUGGCAGAAUGCGAAUGUUCCGAUUUACUUCUGCCAAACCCAACCGCAAUCCAGGUCUGGACAACCAAGUUGUUUUGCACGAGUAUGGUCACGGUAUUUCAACUCGGUUGACUGGUGGACCUACAGCAUCACUGUGCAUGUUCAGUCCUGAAACUAGAGGCAUGGGAGAAGGUUGGUCCGACAUAUUUGCCAUGAUCGUGACGGCCAAGCAAUCACACAAAGCCGACACACCCACCUAUUUUGGCAGAUAUUCCAAAAACAAUAAUAAUGGCAUGCGUUCCUAUCCUUACACCACUGACAUGCAAGUCAAUCCUUUGACCUAUGGCUAUCUCAAAAAACGUGGAGAAGUCCAUGCUGUCGGUGAAGUGUGGGCUGCUGCGCUGUGGGAAAUUUACUGGAACUUGAUUGCCAAGAAUGGGUUUUCUACCAAUCUGUACGAUGCCAAGAGCAAGGCUGGCAAUAUUAUCACAAUGCAGAUUAUGAUUGGCGGCAUGAUGCUCCAGCCAUGCAACACCAAUUUCAUUGAUGCUCGUGAUGCCAUUGUCGCAGCAGAUGUUGCUCACUAUGACGGUGCCAACAAGUGUGAAAUCUGGAAAGGGUUUGCCAAACGUGGUUUAGGACCUAAUGCC